GAAGGCGGAAACGGAAACAACUAUUUGGCACAGUGUUUGCAUAUUUUCUGCAGUGAGCAACAACGUGAAUUAAUUCAUUGAUUUACCCCCUAAAAUGGCUCUUGAAUCAAGAAUCACACAAGAAGAGAUUCGAAAAAUACCAGAAAAGCCUAUCGACCGGGAAAAGACUUGUCCUCUUCUGCUGCGGGUAUUUACGACCAACAGUGGCAGGCAUCACAGAGUGGACGAAUUCGCACGAGGACAAGUCCCUUCAAGUGAGCUGCAAAUCUACACAUGGAUGGAUGCCUCACUAAAGGAGCUGACCAGCCUGGUGAAGGAGGUGUACCCUGAAGCUCGGAAGAAAGGAACACACUUUGGUUUCGCCAUCGUUUAUCCCGAGCCCAAAAGAAAUGGCUACAGAGUGAAAGACAUCGGCAACACUGUGUCAGGCAGAAAGGGGGAAAAUGACUCCAUGACGCUACAGUCCCAACGCUUCCAGAUAGGAGACUACCUGGACAUAGCCAUCACACCACCCAACAGAGCUCCGCCGCUAAACCCACGCAUGGGCAUGGGGAGGCCCUUCUGAACACACACACACACACCUGAACAUAACCAUCAUGCCACAAAACCCAAACCCGCCUCUAAACUUACAUAAAGCCAUUCUGAUCACACUGACUCAGACUCUUACCGGCACUCAGGAGACUACCGUGACUUUCCAUAUGGCUAUCCUUCAUAUUUGACUGUCCCCCACGUACAUGCUUUUUUGGGGGGGAUUUUUAUCUUCUGUUCAUAUUUAUCAGACAACAUAUAUGUAACUCUUUUACCCUCUUGUCUCCCAUCUUGGAUAAUGUGAAAUAAAGUUGCCUUCUUACAAUAAAA